AUGCAUGGAUUGACCAUCUCAGACGUGAGAUUUGUACUCUGCCACCUGGAAUCAGACUCAUGGACUGACAGUUACCAAUCUCAGCCUAGUGAGGACAGCGAUCAUGAAAUCUAUGAAGACAUGGACAAACCAGUCGGGAUUCCCCUACCUGUCCCUGCUAAGAGGAAGUUUUCAAAAGAUGCUAAAAAGAAAUUAGAGCUGGACAAGAAAGAACAAAAGGGAAAGCAGAAACGAGAAAAUGAGUAUAGAAAAAGAUUUAAGCUGAACGGGCCUAUUGAGGUGAUCCACGUGGCUCACGUGAGAGAGGACUGGCAUGGUGGGAAGAAUGACCUGAGCGUACAGAAGGGGGAGAACGUGGAGAUCAUCCGUGUGAACAACAACCCUGAGGGGAAAUUACUAGCACAAAACCUGAGGGGAAGUUCUGGCAACCUCAAUAACUUCUGUGUGGACGUGGAUUAUGAGGAAGUGAUGACAGAUAUCUGUGGUCAAGCCAAUCCCUCCCACAACCCUUCUGCAGGCCAGACCACCAACCAUGAAUUGUACAAUGACAUUGGCUCCAAUGACAAACUCAACAGCAGUUUUCAUAGUGAUGAUGUGUACGAUGACGUGGGCCUGUUCAUGAAUGAAGAGUUUCCUCCGCCAGAGAUCAGCCAUGAUCCGAAAAAGGCUAAGCAGCACAAAAAAGAAAAGAAAGCGUUUCAGAAGAAGUUUAAGUUUGAAGGGCCCAUCAGAGCUCUUUACACCUUGAAUUUAAAGAAGGGUGGCAGCAAAGACCUGGCAGAGUUCCGUGGGGAAACCAGUGAGAAGAAAGCUCUGUGCCGUAACAAUCUGGGCAAAUAUGGAUUUGUGCCCCUGAAUUAUCUACUGCAAGUGGAGGGUGACGUCUAUGAUGACAUCACAGCAUCAGAUAUAUAUGAUAAUGAUGACAGUUAACACACUUGGUGGCAAUACGAUGGAGACCUGAGAAAGUAAAGAGAAACUGAACAUCAACACAGGAACGAAUCACACAAUUUAAAGACACUAACUUUAGGAAAUUG